CGUCAAAUAGUAGGUACCCAUAAAGUAAUCAUUCGAUAUUCGCUUCGUUCAUUCUGUACGAAUGGUUUGUAAAAAUAGUUUUCUAAACUAUUCUUUAAACACUUACAAUAUUUAAAUAUCCUAUUUAUAUCAUAUUUAUCCUAUUUAUUGUAUUAUUAUUGCAGUGUCUAUAACUAACAAUAACUAUGAUGAAGAAAUGUAAUACGUUAUUUACAUAUUUAUUUUCAAUUUGUCUAGUAUAUACAUAUGGUGGCUGGAAGAUAUUACCAGUAGAUACAGCAAGAAUAUUGGCCGUAGAAACAUUUGGUGGCAAAAGUCAUUGGAAUUACGUAAGUGCAAUACUUCGUGUUUUGUCAAAUAAUGGCCAUCAUGUCACUGUGUUUACACCAUUUCCUGACGGUGAACGAGACAACUAUAAAGAAGUAGAUACAUCUAAUGAUUUUCAAAUAUUUCAAGAAAUGAAUUUAACCGAUUUAUUGCGUUCAUAUACAUCUCCGAUAUCAAUAGUCGAAUCCACUAGAACUAAUCGUAUGUUUAUAUGUGAUUCAGUUUAUAAAAGUGUUGAAUUAAAUAAAAUAAUGGAAGAAAAAGAAAAUUCAAAUUUCGAUGUACUCAUAAUUGAAACCCUGGGAUACGAUUGCGAAUUGUAUUUGGCUAGUAAGUUAAACUUGCCUUUGAUUUAUUUGGUUUCAACACCAGUAAUAUUCGAAGAACGGUUCAUUUCCGGUGACAUCCCAAAUCCAGCGAUAAUUUCACAUUUAUGUGCUAAUCACGCCAUUCCUAAGAAAUUUGUUCAAAUAUUUAUAAACACUGCGUUAUUGGCAUAUAGUAUGAUCCUUUUCAGCCAGGGAUCGAAACCGUUUCAAAUUUUAACGGUUACGGUUUUAGUUCUUGAGAACGGUUUUCUAAAUUUUCUGGUAACAGUACAAGAGCGGUUUUCCAAUUAUUCUAUGGUUUCGCUAUGA